AUGCCUGCGGGGGGGGGGGACCGAGGUCGCUGGGCGCUGGUGCUGCCUGCCGGGCCAGCAGUCGUCCACCCUGGGUCUGCGAGACGCGCAGCAAGCCAGGCGCUGGCGGCUUCAAGAAAAUCCAACUUCGGUGGGAGGCCGCAGCGCAAGUGGCGCAACCACCCCAAGGCCGCCGUCUUUGGAGGCAAGCCAGCAGGGGGCGCGCCAGCGAAGCUGGUGGGGCUCAGCGACAUGGGGCGGCUCGCCCAAGUCAUGGAGCGCAUUGAGAAGUUCGGGGCGGGGGCCGAGCAGGAUCCGCGGGCCGCAGGGGCCGCGCCCGCUGGCGGGGCGGCGACUGCGGCUCAUUGGCGCGCGCCCUCGCCAGAGAAGCAGCGCCUCGAGGUCGCGGAGAAGAAGCUUGCGGCGCCGCAGGCUUGGGCGGACGCGGGCGGCGAGAAGGAGCUUUGUGGCGCAGCACGUGGCGUCGCGGAGGCCGGCGACCAGCGCGUCGCGGCGGAGGCCCCGGGGAAGCUCCCGGGGUGCUUCGCGGCGGGGCAGGAGCUGACGGAGGCUGUGCUCAGGCAGGCCAGCGAGCGCGAGAAGCAGGUCGCCUCCGAGGCGCGGGCUGCGGAGGCUGCCGCGGCUGAACGCAGAGCUGCGGCCGCGCCUGGCCAGGGGCGAGAGCCCGCGGCCAGUGAGGGCGACGGCCGACCGAGGGAGGCGGGCGACGACUUCAUUGGUGACGAAGAGCUCAAUGCCGCCAACCAGCGCGCGAUCCUCAAGAAGGCUGGGCAUGCGCCUGACGCCGAGGAAGGGGCUGAGUGGCCUCCUGAUGAUGCGGCGCGCGCAGCCUACAAGCGCUUCUUCGACGACCCCGGCGCGUCGCCUCUGAAGAAGCAGCUGAAGAGGGCCCGCGGGCAGCGUGGGCGCUAUGGCGCGGCCCUGCACGCCCUGCUGGAGGGCGAGUCGGCGACGGCACUGCAGCAGAUCACUGGGGUGGUGAUGGAGGGCGCGGCCCACGGCGACCUGCGGAUGGGCGAGGUGCAGAAGUUGCUGCUGCCGAUCAGGAGUGCAGGGACGUUGGCGGCGGCCGUCCAGGAGCACCAUCGGCUAGAGACCGCCUUGGCGGCGCAGCAGCGGGCGUUCAAGGACGCAGGGUUGCGCGGUUUGUGGAGUGCGGCAACGGCCGCGGCAGAGACGGCGAAGGGCACGCAAGGUGGGGGUGCUGCGCUGGCGCUGCUCCUUGAGUUGUCGCCAUCAGACUGCGCCUGCGUGAUGGGGGGCCUACCCGCGGACAACCUCGCCAUAGUCAGGCACCUGGCCCAGUUCCUCGGGGACUUGGAGGCGUCGGGGCGCCUUUGGGAGGAGCCGCGGCGGGGCCUGCUGCUGCCGACCUGCGUCGCCGGCGGCUCGCUGGCGCUGCUGGGCGCGGCCGGCGUGGCGCCCGCGCUGUACCUGGCUGUGGGCGGCCUGGGCGGCUGGUACAUCGGCAAGAAGUUGCAAGCGGGCCAGACGCGGGGGACAGGGCAGACCUCUCGACCUCCAGACGAAGCCCACGAUAGCAGCGACGAUGCCGAGAGCGACGAGGAUACGCUUGCCGCGCAGCUGAGGGACGAGAAAGCCGGCGCCGCGAGGGCAUGGCAGCACAUAGCGCCCUUCUUGAGGAGCCUCGAGCAGGGCGGCUCUGGAAGCAGCGGCGGCGCCCCCGGUGGGCCUGACGGCAUGCGGGUCAUCGAGGCCGGCAUGCACGAGGCCGCGGGGAGGAGGGAUCAGGACCGAGUGCGGGCCCUGCUGGAGGGCGUCGGCUCCCUCAAGGCGGCCCCGACGGCCGCCGAGCUGCAGAAGCUGCAGGCGCUGAUGGCGGAGGUCCAGGAGUUCCUGCCCGAGGAGGCCCGGAGGGCCAUGGAGGCAGAGAACGCCCGCUUCCUGCCCACCGCGCGCGGCGACGGGGCCGAGGAGGCGUCGGACUCUGAGGGCGACUCGUCCAGCGAGGACGGCGACGGGCUGUCCGAUGAGGGUGGCGGCGGGCUGCCCAGGUAG